GAAGGAAAAGAGUUGCCGUUCUCCCUGAAUGGACGUCUUGAGAAGCUGCAGAAUCAGUUACUUCCUCGCUUGUCUCUUCAGUGUAUUUCAGGCAUAUUGUUGUUCACAAUGUGAAGACUGCAUAUCUUCCUUCUGCUGUAGAGGACCCCCUGCAUACUGCUGCUCGUACUAUGCCUACAUUGGAAGUGCCCUUUCAGGCACAGCGAUAGCAGGUGUGGUGUUUGGGAUUGUCUUUCUCAUGGGAGUAAUUGCUGGCAUUGCUAUUUGCAUCUGUAUGUGCCUGAAUAAUGGUUGGAACGCACGUGUGGGUGUGCUGCAAGGCUCACAUCUUGAUACGGUCAGUCGAUACAAUGAUUCUUCUCCUCCACCUUACAGUCACAACCAAGAGAUGGAUUACGCUGCAGAUCCACCCCCUCCUUAUACUCCCACGCCGCCAACUUCCCUGCAGUUUACCCUCCCCCCACCUUACCCAGGAUGCUCAAGAAAAUAA